CCCGCCCCCCUCGGCCCGCGGCCUCAGGCCCCUGGCCCGGACCGCUCGGAGAUCCUCUGCUGCUGGUGCAGCCGCGGCCUCGCGUGCUCCCGGACGCCGGGGUUCCCCGCGCAGUAGCAGGAGUGGGCGGCGGCUCGGGACUGGCCAUGCCGGGAGAGCAGGAGGAAGAGGAGGAGGAGGAAGAGGAGGAGGAGGAGGAGGAGGAGGAGGAGGAGGAGGAGAGAGAGAUGCAAGAAGAGAUGGUACUGCUGGUGAAGGGCGAGGAAGAAGAGGGUGAGGAGAAAUAUGAAGUGGUCAAGCUGAAGAUUCCAGUGGAUGGCAAGGAGGCAAUUCUCUCAAACUGUAAGUUACAGACAAAUAGCCAAUCUGCAUUGGUGGAGGGAGCUUCCAUUCCGAUGAAAUCACAGGUCCCCAGCACCGCAGCCCCGGAGCCGCCGGCAGACCCAGCCCGGCCCCACGCGUGCCCCGAGUGCGGCCGCGCCUUCGCCCGCCGCUCCACGCUGGCCAAGCACGCGCGCACGCACACCGGCGAGCGGCCCUUCCCUUGCCCCGAGUGCGGGCGCCGCUUCUCGCAGAAGUCGGCGCUCACCAAGCACGGGCGCACGCACACGGGCGAGCGGCCUUACGCCUGCCCCGAGUGCGAGAAGCGCUUCUCGGCCGCCUCGAACUUGCGGCAGCACCGGCGCCGGCACACGGGCGAGAAGCCCUACGCCUGCCCGCAGUGCGGCCGUCGCUUCGCGCAGAGCUCCAACUACGCGCAGCACCUGCGCGUGCACACCGGCGAGAAGCCCUACACGUGCCCGGACUGCGGCCGCGGCUUCGGGGGCAGCUCCUGCCUGGCCAGGCACCGGCGCACGCACACGGGUGAGCGGCCCUACUCCUGCCCCGAAUGCGGGACCAGGUUCGCCCAGAGCUCGGCCCUGGCCAAGCACCGGCGGGUGCACACCGGCGAGAAGCCGCACCGCUGCCAGGUGUGCGGCCGGGGCUUCGGCCACCGCUCCAACCUGGCGGAGCACGCCCGCACGCACACGGGCGAGCGGCCCUACCCCUGUCCAGAGUGCGGCCGCCGCUUCCGCCUCAGCUCCCACUUCAUCCGCCACCGGCGGGCCCACCUGCGGAGGCGCCUGUACAUCUGCGAGGGCUGCGGCCGCGGCUUCAAGCUGGCGGCCGGCGUGGGGAGAGUCGGGGCCAAUGAGAGAACGGACCGCUGCCCGGAGUGCGAGGGCAGCUGAGGCGGGGCGAGAGACGGGGCGAGAAACGGGGGGGAAGCGGCGGGAGAGAAGGCCCCCACUCCCCAGGGGGAGGGAGCGGGGAGAGAGGUGCCCCGCCACCGAAUGGGGAGAACUCUGGGAGGAGAAGUUUCUGUCUCUGUCACGGGAAGCGUGCCAGAAGCAGCACACUGUCUCCAGAAGGCCCCUAGAACAUUUCUAAGGGAGUGGAGCAGCUAUGACA